AUUCCACAGCCCUGCAACCAAAGAGGGGCAGACGCCAGGCCCAGCCAGAGGGGCAGGAUGCAGGCGCCGCUGCUGCCCCUGGGGCUGCUGGCUGCCUGGCUGGUGUGUGGCAGCUGGGGCCGGAACGAGGAGGAGCGGCUCAUCCAGUAUCUGUUCACUGAGAAGGGCUACAACAAGGAGCUCCGGCCGGCGGCUCGCAAAGAGGACAGCGUGGACAUCUCGCUGGCCCUCACCCUCUCCAACCUCAUCUCCCUGAAGGAAGUCGAGGAGACCCUCACCACCAACGUGUGGAUGGAACACGGCUGGACAGACAGCCGGCUACAGUGGGACAAGGCAGAGUUUGGGAACAUCAGUGUCCUGCGUCUGCCCUCUGAUAUGGUGUGGCUCCCGGACAUCGUGCUGGAGAACAACAACGACGGCUCCUUCCAGAUCUCCUACUCUUGCAACGUGCUCGUCUAUGACUCCGGCUUUGUGUACUGGCUGCCACCUGCCAUCUUCCGCUCCUCCUGCCCCAUCUCUGUCACCUACUUCCCCUUCGACUGGCAGAACUGCUCCCUCAAGUUCAGUUCUCUCAAGUACACUGCCAAGGAGAUCACCCUGAGCUUGAAGCAAGAGCAGGAAGAAGAUGGCCGCACCUACCCCGUGGAGUGGAUCAUCAUUGACCCUGAGGGCUUCACAGAGAAUGGCGAGUGGGAGAUAGUGCACCGGCCGGCCAGGGUCAACGUGGACCCCAGCGCCCCGCUGGACAGCCCCAAGCGCCAGGACGUUACCUUCUACCUCAUCAUCCGCCGCAAGCCACUCUUCUACGUCAUCAACAUCCUGGUGCCCUGCGUGCUCAUCUCCUUCAUGAUCAACCUGGUCUUCUACCUGCCGGCUGACAGUGGUGAGAAGACGUCCAUGGCCAUCUCUGUGCUGCUGGCCCAGUCUGUCUUCCUGCUGCUCAUCUCCAAGCGGCUGCCUGCCACGUCCAUGGCCAUUCCUCUGAUUGGCAAGUUCCUGCUCUUCGGCAUGGUGCUGGUGGCCAUGGUUGUGGUCAUCUGUGUCAUCGUGCUCAACAUCCACUUCCGGACGCCCAGUACCCAUGUGCUGUCUGAGGGGGUCAAGAAGCUCUUCCUGGAGACCCUGCCCAGGCUGCUGCACAUGUCGCUGCCGGCGGAGGCGGAGCCCAGCCCUGGGACCCUCAUUCGCAGGAGCAGCUCUCUGGGCUACAUCUCCAAGGCUGAGGAGUACUUCUCGCUCAAGUCCCGCAGCGACCUCAUGUUCGAGAAGCAAUCAGAGCGGCACGGGCUGGCCCGGCGCCUCACCCCUGCACGCCGGCCCCCAGCAAGCUCCGAGCAGGCCCAGCAAGAGCUCCUCAAUGAGCUGAGGCCGGCUGUGGAUGGGGCAAAUUUCAUCGUGAACCACAUGAGGGACCAGAACAGUUACAACGAGGAGAAGGACAGCUGGAACCGGGUGGCCCGCACUGUGGACCGCCUCUGCCUGUUCGUGGUGACACCUGUCAUGGUGGUGGGCACGGCUUGGAUCUUCCUGCAGGGUGCCUACAACCAGCCCCCACCGCAUCCCUUCCCUGGAGACCCCUUCUCCUACAACGAACGGGACAGGCGCUUCAUCUAGAAUGGG